AUGUACCGAUUUUAUGUCAAAGACCAAGGACGAAAAAGACUUGUUGAAUACCCCGUGAGAGAAGUCCAAUAUCUUGCCCAACAACUCGGCAUGGAUUUUGAAAAUGAAGAAAAAUAUAAGUGGUUUCUCCAUCAAGCUUUACUAUGCUUGCUGCCAAUUGGAUGGAAAAGAGAAAGCGACUAUAAAGGCCAAAUCCAAUACCACAAUAUGAAAACUCAAAUUACUACCACUAAUCACCCUUUAAUUUACAAAUUCAGAAAAUGCUUUGCAAGACUUGUAGAAAAAGACAUUGAACAGAAUUUCCAAGAAAAUACAAAAGAAUCUUCUCAAAGUGAUAGGAAAAAUACAAAUAAUCCUCAGAAUAACGAAAUUUUAUCAUAUGAAGACCAGAUGGUCGCUUUUGAAAAACUUAUGGCAAAGGUUGGGAAAACUGAAAAUAAUACAGGAGAGAAAUUCAUCCAAAUUCAAAAGGAAUCAAAAGAGUUCUAUGAUCUAUUAUUUGGAGGAAAAGAUGACGGGCCACCUAAAAUGAUAGAAGACUCUCUUGAAUACCAAUUAAUAAAUCCUGAAGCUGUAUUAAAUCUAGCAAAAGAAUAUGGAAUUGCUGGAGAUUAUCGAUUAUUAUGAAUUGCAAGAGUAGCUCUUGUGCUUCCAUUACCUCCUUUAUGAAAACAGGAAUUAGACAGUGUAGGAAAUAUUGUAUAUGUUAAUACAGAAAUUGCUAGCUCUCAAAUCCAACAUCCAGCUCGUAUAUUUUUAAUGGAGCUAAUCCAGCGUGUCAAGUUUAACGUUGGAGGAAGAGAAGUUUCACAGUUUACGACAUUCUAUGACAAUGAAUGUAGAAAAUACGAAGUAGAUUUGGUGAAGCUGAUCCAAAGAAAAGACUAUAUUGUAAUGAAAGAAAAUAUGCCUGAUCCUGAAUUCAGAAGAAGGGCUGCUUAUUUCAAGCCGAGACUGACAGUUGAUGAAGCUAUUACAGAUAUCAUGGUUUUUGAGAUCGCAAAAUCUGCUGGGAUUAAUUUUCAAAAUGAAAUUCAUUUGUUAGGGUCUGUAUAUCAACAUCUUGAGACACUUAAAAAAGAAACUAGCAUGAAGCACUGGGAAUUUCGAUUUACAAUGGAAGGGAAACGCUAUUGAUAUAACACAAAAGAAAAACGAUCUGUCCAGCAUUUCCCUUUUAGGGAUGAAAUGAAAAAAUUUAUCAAAGAAAUGAGGAAAGAAAUUUUCAUGAAUAAUAAAAUCGCAGUGAGAAAUAUUGCUGACAGGCAUCCAGAGUUCCAAGCGAGAGGAAAACCGUUUUAUGACAAGGUAAGAGCUGAUGCUUUAGCAGCUGCAGAGCUAUUUUUAAGAAAAAAUAUUGACAGCGCUGAUCCUGAAGACCAAUAUCCAUUGACUAGCAUCACUAGAGAGCUUAAUCGAAAAGUCUCAUUGUCAGAAAUGAUGGACAUUCUCUAUGCAUGCCCAUUUGCUUUUUCAGUCUCCUUAUUAAACCACCCAGGAGAUCUCGAAGGCUAUGAGUCUGUAGAAGACGCCCCCAGCUCUCACUCUGACUCAAAAGAAGAAGAGGAAGAAAUUUCUGACAUCAACAACUUUGCAGACUCUGAUGAAGAAAAAGAACCAGAAAAGAAAGCACCUGAAUGGUUUUAUAGAAAAAAGCUUAAGAAGAAAGAAGGCGUUUCAGAAGAGGUGAAAGUAGAAAGGGCUAGAAAAAGAAAACUAUCCAGAAAAUCCAAAGAUCCGACUCCAUUAGUUGAGAGAAGACUUGAAAGAAGCAGAACAUUGGCAUCGCAGAAUUAUAAGUAUUUAAGAAUGAAGCAUGACAAUAAGACAUUAUAUAGUGAUAACAGUGAAAAUUAUGACAGUAUCGAAGAACUUAGUGCAAGCGAAGAAGACAGCUAUGAUAGCCACUCAGAAAAUGACAUAAAGGUACAAGAAGGCAGGCAGAAUGACGAAGAAAUUCUGCAAGAAAAAGAAGAAGCAAAAGAAGAAGUAACAGAAGAAAUAAAGGAAAAGCCGAGAAUUGAAAAUAAGUCAAGGGAGAGAAAAAGUGAAGCCAAACAAAGAGAGCCAGAACGAGUGAAAGAGACUCCAACAAAACAAGAAAAUUUGGUGGUGAAAAAAGAAGAAAUCAAAGUUGAGAAAAUUGCUAUUACUGAUGAAUACAUUAGUACACCUGAGCUGCAAAAUAGCUCAGAGAGACCUUCAGAAAUAGAAAUUUAUGAAAAUACAGAAGAAAUAAAUGAGAGCGAUGAAAUGAUUAAAGAAAUUCUGGAAUAUAAAGCUGAAGAAACGAAAAUUGACGAUAUAAUAGAAAAUGCAAGAAGCCAGCAAAGAGCACAAACUUUAAACCCAACAAUUCUUGAAUCAGAAGCUAAGAAAGCUGAAGAAAAAGUUGAAACUCCUGCCAAUGUAAGAAAAUCACAAAGAGGGAAAACAAUUAGCCCAACUCUUAUGGAAUUCAACACUCGACAAUCACCAGUUCUCUAUAGCAGUAACAGUGGUCAGAGUACUACAAGAAAGCUUAAAAGUAGAGCUGAAAGCAGUGUUGAUGGGUCUCUUCUUCCUUCUAGCUCAAUGCCUCUCACAGAAUUCCCUCAAAGAGAUGGAAUUAGGACACAAACAGGCUUUUACAACCACAAGCCAGAGCCUGAAAGCCAAAAUCUCAAAGAAAUUCAAGAGGAGAUGCUAACUCCCUCCUUGGUUAGUAAGGAUUAAGGUUAAGGCUAACCUAUUAUUGAAGAGCUCGGUAGCACCUGUGGAUGCGAUUCACCUUGGUCCGUUGUAGGGCUGCCUGCCACCACCCUCUAGGGGUAAACUUCUCGCCGCCUGAGGCUCGCGUCGAACGGCGAGUGAGUGGGCUGGAUUGCCAUUCCAGAAAACUCGAAAAACGAAUUUUCUGGUCAAGCUAUCAACCAAGAUGAAACUCGUCGCCCAGGACAAAAGACUGGUAUAGUGAGUUAGGGUAAACAGAACGGGGCGUUUUUUGCUUGCGGCAAGCCAAAAAAGCCCCAUUCUGUUUACUAUAUCACGCUAGGAAAUUGCUCGAUUGGUCACGCAAACUUUGCUGGGCUUUCCCUUUCCAAUGCCGAGUUCAUCUCCACCAAGAGAUAAAAUCUAGACCCGGAAAUGAGCUGCGGUUCGCCUAAUUCGAUAUCGCGCUCCACCCAAAUCAAGAAAAACCUGGCCGAAUGCACAUCACCGGACGCCAUCCUCUCUUCCACAAGGUCCCUGGUUAUCCCCAGCUACAGUUGUUAAGAGGGUGUGUUGGUUCGCCGCGCAAUUUUAAAGUAUAUUGUUUAGUGAGGAAAAUUUAUAUUUUUUGGAAAAUUAUGCUCUUUAUUUGCAAUGAAAAUAUUUUUGAAUGAUUUUUUUGAUACAAUUAAUGGUUGUAAUGAUAUUUCUAGCUAAUUUAUCAAAUUUUAGACAGCAGCCUAAAGCCCAAACUUUUUAAAGCAAAUUAGAUUUCUUAUUUAAAAACAUUUUUAAAACAGAGAAAAAAUUAUUUCAUAUAAGUUUUUUUUUUUUUAAAUUAAUCCCUCCUGCUAGCGAGCAAAGAAUCUUUGACCAAGAGGGAGCAAGAACUGUCUCAAUUGAAGGUGUGAAGCUCUCUAGCAGCAUGUCUUUUAAUGAUAUGAAAGGCUUAGUUAGAAGAGGCAAAAACGCAGAGAAUAAAAAAGCGCAACAAGACACAAGCCAACACAGAACCCCAGCCCAAUCUCCAACAGCGGACCCUAAAAGAAAAAGUGACAAAAAUAGUAGACUAUGACAAAAAGUAUUAAAACGAGUCAAUGUAGAAGCAAGUCCUGAAGGAUCUAUGCUAAAUGGAGAGCAGUCAUUAAAGCUGCAGGAAGACCUUUCUGAAAUUCUUGGCGCAGACUCCGAAAAUCUAUCGGACGAAGAUUUUGCUCCAACUCCAGAAAGCGGGCAAAAGAAGACUCCUGAUCUUUCUUCUAUUAUGGAAGGAUUUAAUAAAGACUUAGGAGCGCUAAAAGAAAUGAAUAUUCUUGGAUCUCUUCCUACAUCAAAGGAAUCUAGCAAGUUUUGGUUUGAUAAUGAAGGCUCUAACUCUUCCCAUACUUGAUCGAGCAGAUGGACAUCGUUCAAUCAAGCAUGAGGUAAAAUAUUUGUGGAAAGAUUUCAAGUUUUAUUUUCUGUAUGAAAUAUUUAAAACUAGCUCAUGAGAAAAAUUAGGUAAUAUAGCUAAAAAUUCAUUAGAAUGGAAGAAGAGUGAUUAUACUGCAUAAUCUCUAAUAUUGAUGGCCAUAAGAUAAAUGGUUGGGCUUGAGGUUGAGCGGGAAGCUGGCUUAUUGCUUAUUCAUAUGAGUUUCGUUCAAUUAAGAAUGGGUUUAUUUUCCCCAAUUUUUUAUAAAAUUUCAAUGGAACGUUCAGUCAAGGAUGGAAGGGAUAAGCCUAAUUCUAGAGAGCAUAACUUAAGAAAUACUCCAUCUAGGUUAGCUUUACGCUCUGAAAGUUCUAAUAAAGCAGCAAAAUCUAAUUCAAAAUCCUCUUCUGAGUCAGCGAAAAGAUCUGAUCUUUCACAAGAGCUGUCAAGAACAAGUAAAAAUGCAUCUUCGAGACAACAAGCAAGCAUAUAUUCAAAGCAACAGACUAUGAGCUCCCAGAUGGAAUCAAGCAGAAGCGAACUUGGAUUAUUAUUGCCAAAAGCAUCAAUGCCUGAGAUAUCUGAAAGAGACAGCCCUGAUCAUUCCCCGAUAGAAGCAUCAGGAAUUCGUACAGCUAAUAGUCAAGCUCGCCACACAUCUUUAUUUGAAGAAUAUUCCUAUAAAGCCAAAGAAGCUUCAAGACCAAAUACAUUGGAUAAGUUUAAAAAUAAACUAUAAUGGAUCAAAUAAAUUCAUAUAGAUUUAUAAGCAUGGUAAACUUAAUAGAAAUAGGCUAAUGAUCAUUAAAAAGUUAAGUGAAGCUUUGCUUGAUCCAGCUUAUAAUUUCUCUAACAAACGAACAAGAUUUAGUGAGAGUCCGGUACAACCGAGACAGGUGAUUGCCUAAUGAAGAUGAAAGCAAUGAUGAAAAAUGAGGCGAAAGUGAUGUUUCUAAUAGAGUUGUCACAGCGGCUCCAUUCAAAAUGAUAGAGCACUUUUGAUAGUGAAGCAUUUGACUGAUAAAAUCGAUGAAUUUUGACCAAAUGCUAAUAUUUAAAAUUUUCGAUCAAAUUUUCUUUGAUGAAAUGCACAUUAGCAAAAAUUGCCUGCGCCGUCACAGCGCAUGGCGAGAUUCAUUUUAUGCCACCAGGCGAAGAAGAUGAAAUGGAGAACUCCAGAAACAAAUCUAAUUUAAGGAGAAUGAGUAUUGAAAGAGAGCCGCAGGCAGAAAGCAAAAAAGUAAUGAAGGUUGAAAAUGAUGUGAGGACUCAGAAAUUAUAUUUCAUGUACUAUCUAGAUUUAAUUGGCCAUCCUUGCUCAUCAAAACACUCCCUUGCUAAAUACGAAUGCUCAAAGUACAUCCAGCCACUCAAUAUCUUAUUUUUAGCUAAACGAUUAGGGAUAAAAGUGACUCAAUCUCCAUUUUCAUCUCCUGAAAGUGACUUAGUAUGGAUCGCAUAUUUGCAAGCAGCUGCUCCUAUGCCAGAUGGCUUCGAAAAAAACGUGCCAAUUACCAAGAUUUGCAGUUGGCCAUAUGGAGCCCAUCCAGGUGAUAAAUAUUUUUCACUUAUCUUGCAAUACCAAAGAAAAAUCAGAGCUGUAGAAUUAAUAAAAUUAACCCCAAAAGAACGGGCUCACGAUCUAAUCUCCAACUCUUGGAUUGAGUUUAAAAAUCUCAAAGACGCUAAAUACUACUACAAUUACCUCAGCUGCGAAACAUCCCACAUGAUUCCUUCUUCUGUGAAAUUCCACUUUGCUGAAAAAUCAGAAGCGGAAGACAGAAAAGCGAAGCUGAAAGAACUCUUGAUAUCACAAGAUAAUUUGCUAUUUAAAACAGUCACUAAACUUAUAGGAAAUACCAAAAACAACACAUCGCAUUCUCAGAAUAUUGUAAAUAUUGCAAACUUAAUUAUGCAGUCUAUUGCUAGAAAAGAGCCGCUUAUUAAAGACACUCUUACUGAGCUACCACCAAUUGAAGAAAGAAAUAGACAAGGGGCAGGGCCUAUACCUUUUAAGCUUGUAACUCUUCCUGAAAUCAAAACUAGCAAACUUCCAAAAUUUUCAAAAUUAUCUGGGAAGUAUACACCGACCAAAUUUAGUGUUACCAAUAAAGCAGUGACCACUCGGUCACAUUCAGAAAAAGCGUUUAAUUUUGACUUUGGGAAGUUUCAUAUUCAGCAUUUCUCGCCCAGAAUACCACUAGCACAAACAUUAAGAAGCCAAUAA